AUGUUUAUGUCUGAUUUAUUAAGGAAAUAUUUUUCUAGUGUAAACAAACGAUAUCAAAAUAUAUAUAUCAUCAAAACCAUUGAAACUAUCGAAACCCUCUCUUUGCCUAUUCUUCUCUUUUCAUCUGUCUUCUUCGUCGUCACCGAACCCGCCGUUGAUUCCUCCUCACCGAAGUGGAGCAUUACGGUUGAUUCCUCCUCACCGGCUAACGAACACCGCCGUCGAUUCCGGCAUGGAUUCAGAGUUGCCUAA